AUGCAUCCUUGUGUUUUAAUAAUUUUCUUACUUUUCUUGCUACGCCUUCAGAAUACAACUACGAACCAAUUGGUGGUAGACGAAGGAGUAGGAGGGGGAUAUGAUGAUGGUGUUGUUAACAAGUGUUUGGAUAAGGAGAGAGAUGCUCUUCUUCAAUUCAAAGGAAACCUUCAAGACCCUAAUGGUAGUCUCUCUACGUGGAGACCUGAAGAUGAUGACUGCUGUGCAUGGGAAGGAGUCAUAUGUGAUGACCAAACAGGUCAUCAUGUCACAGGGCUUCAUAUUCCCUCUGCUGGUCUUGUAGGUGAAAUUAGCCAUUCAUUGGUUAACUUAACCUACUUGAAUCUUCUUGAUCUUUCCUCGAACUCUUUUCAUGGAACCAUUCCUCCAGAGUUUGGAAACCUCACCAACUUGAAAGUGCUUAACCUUCGAGAUGUUGGAAGCUGUAGAGUUGAAAAUCUAGACUGGUUGUCUCAUUUGUCCCUCUUGGAGGCACUAGAAAUUGAAGGGAUUUCCCUUGCCAAAGCAAACCAGUGGGUAAAUGUGAUUUUGAAUCUCCCAAAACUAUCAGAUUUAAGGUUAGAUGGAUGUGAGCUGUCACAGGUCAUGUAUCCAUAUUCUUCUUCAUUUCUCAACUCUUCUUCAUCUAUUUCUUUCCUUUCUCUCAGAAACAACAAUCUCACCUCAUCCAUGUAUCAUUGGAUGUUCUCAUUAACCAGCAAUAGCCUUCAUAUUCUUGAUCUCUCUAGCAACAUGUUAGAUGGGAUACCCAAAUAUCUUGGUAACCUCUGUAGUUUGGAAAGUUUUCAUUUUAAUAACAACCGUGCUGUUGUCAAAUUUCCUGAUUUUCUGAACAACUUGUCUGGAUGCACAUCACUUACAUUGCAACAGUUGUCUGCUGAAACAAGCCAAUUUACAGGGUCAUUCCCUGAUGACAUUCAAAACUUUUCAUCCCUAGAAGGUCUGUACCUAUCAAAUAAUCACAUAAAUGGAACCAUAAGCGAGAGAUUUUGGGAACUACCCCUUCAGGCGUUUGAUGUUUCUCAAAAUCAUCUUAGUGGUGCUAUCUCUGAAAACAUUGGAAAGUCCAAGGCUUCUAUUAUAAAUCUUUCAAAAAACCCACUCCAAGGAGUUCCUUCCACAGAUCACAUGUCAAACCAGUCUUCUGUAACGUAUAUAGAUCUGAACUCUUGUAAGCUAGGGCCUCACUUCCCCAAAUGGAUUCAAAUGCUGAAAAAACUUAACGAGCUUGAUAUUUCCAAUACUAGUAUUUCAGACACCGUUCCUCCAGAAUUUUGGAACAUUCAUUUAAGCUCUUUGAAUCUCUCUUCCAACAACAUCAGUGGGGAAGUACCAGAUUUAUCAUCGAGUUUUUUUGGCGCUCAAAUGAUAGAUUUGAGUUCCAACAGCUUUAUCGGUCCAAUACCACAUCUUCCUUCCGGUUUGCAAUUGUUAAAUCUUUCCAGAAACAAAUUCUCUGGAGGUAUCUCCUUCUUAUGUCAAAUGGUCGAUGGGUUGUUAAAAUUUCUUGACCUCUCCCAUAACACUCUAACAGGACAACUUCCAGACUGUUUGUGGCAUUUCCAACAUCUAACAGUUCUUAAUCUAGGACACAACAGUCUAUCUGGAAGGCUUCCUCCCUCUAUUGGGUCUUUGAUAGAACUCGAAGCGUUAUACUUAUACAAGAACAACUUCUUUGGAGAACUGCCUUUGUCUCUAAAGAAUUGCACGAGCUUAACCUCGUUGAAUUUGGGGGCUAACAAGUUUUCGGGUAAUGUGCCUGUUUGGUUUGGUGAAAACCUAUCAGAGUUGUAUGUUCUUAUCCUAAGAUCAAACAAUUUCUUCGGAACCAUCCCUUCAGAAUUAUGUCAGUUAGCAAAUCUUCAAAUUUUAGACUUUUCAAGGAACAAUCUCCAUGGAAGCAUCCCUUCAUGCUUGAAUAAUCUUACAAAAAUGGCUCAAGUAGGAUUCUUACCUCCACCAAACGUACAUCCAUAUACAUCUCAGUGGCAUUGGGAUCUCAUUGAUGAGGUGUAUAUCGACCAUGCAAUGAUCGAGUGGCAAGGAGAUGAGCGUGAAUUUUUUAGGAAUCUGGGAUUGUUGAAGAGCAUUGACCUGUCAAGCAACAAUUUAACAGGACAUAUCCCACAUGAACUCACCAACCUUCAUGAACUGCUUGCCCUCAACUUGUCAAAGAACGCUCUGAUCGGAGAGAUUCCACAGCAACUUGGUGAGAUGAAAAAUCUUUUAGCUUUGGAUUUAUCUAGAAAUAGUUUAUCAGGAGGGAUACCAUCAAGCAUGUCUCAGAUGACUUCAUUGUGUUACCUAGACGUGUCAUAUAAUAAAUUGUCAGGGCGAAUCCCAUCAAGCACUCAACUCCAGUCCUUUGAACCAUCAAGAUACGAUGGAAACACAGAACUAUGUGGACUUCCCCUUCCUAAAAAAUGUCCAGGAGAUGAAGAAUCACAAGUUGGUAAAAGCGAGGGUGAUGAGGAAGACAUAGAUGAAGAUUGGGGAUGGUUCUGUAUUGGUGGGGGCACUGGUUUUGUGACAGGAUUUUGGAUAGCAUGUGGCGCUCUACUUCUCAACCGUCGUGGGAGACGUGCAUUUUUUAACUUUUAUGACAGCUUCAGAGACUGGGUUUAUGUGAAGGUGAUGGUGUUCAUUGCAAAAUUGCGGAGGAUUGCAAAUAUGUAG